UUUCCUGAAACGCACCAAAACAAGCACAAAACACUUGUGACUCCCCAACAUAAUUGUUUCACACACAAGAAAAAAAAGUGAAAAUGGCGAUAUCAACCCUCCAAAAACUCACCUCUCAGCUCCACCACCGUCUCCCUUCUCUCUCUCCGCUUGUCCGAUCAACCACGACCUCCGUAAAAGUCGCGGACAGAAUCGUGAAGCUCUUUGCCAUCGAUCUAGAAGGGAAAAAACGGGAGAUCAUAGGUCUCUCAGGUCAAACUCUCCUCAAAGCCUUAACUAAUAGUGGCUUAAUCGAUCCUGCGUCUCACCGCCUCGAAGAGAUCGACGCUUGUUCCGCCGAAUGCGAAGUCAGUAUCGCCCAAGAAUGGUUUGAAAGGCUGCCGCCACGAUCUUAUGACGAGGAGUAUGUUCUGAAGAGGAACUCGAGAGCUAGGGUCUUGAAUAAGCAUUCGAGGUUGGGAUGUCAGGUUGUUCUUCAGAAGGAUCUUCAAGGUAUGGUCGUUGCUGUCCCUGAGCCUAAACCUUGGGAUAUUCCCUAAUUGUAAAAACAAUGUCGUCUUUAGGGUUUUGGCUUAUCAUUAUGUUUCCGUUUUCAAUAAUGUCAACAAAUGAAAGAAUUUGGCUUUGCUCGCUGGAAUCUAAUGUUAAUUUGAAUUUUCUGCGGAACUAUUUGUUCAAUGCUAUCUACAUUGUGUAAUUUUAUGAUUAUAUGGAUUUUCUUGGUUUUAUUA